ACCAAAACCACAAUUUCCCUCCUUUCCUCGCCGUCUUCCUCCUUUCAUUCCCUCGUUUUCUCCCCCCUUCUGCCGCCAAACCUUCAGAUCCAAACCCUAAGCGCCCCCCACACCCAGCGGCCAUCUCGAUCCGCCUUCCGAUCCCCAUGGCGGCCACGGCCGGCGCCGGGACCAGCAGUGAGGGCGCGGCGCGCGUUCUGCUGCAGCGGUACCAGCCGUUCGGGUCGCCGCCGGGCGAGUACCACCACUUCGGCCCGGCAGACGGCUCCGGCGCCGGCGCCGGCGAGAUGACGGAGGCCAUCGUCCUCCGGACGCCAUUAAAGCGGAAACACAACAGAGAAGACAAUGGGGUAGCUGAAUCAAAUGAUUGGAUGAUGAGCCCUGGAUAUGCUAAUGCAGCAAGCAGUCCAGUUCCUACACCACCUUCAGGAAAAGGUUCUAAACAUUCCACCAAGCUUAAGUCUGCAAAAGGCCAGAAAUCUUGUUCUCAAGCCCCUUUGUUUUCUGGUUCCCCAGGCAAUCCAGCUACUCCUGUUGGUGGUUGUCGCUAUGAUAGCUCCCUAGGGUUGUUGACAAAAAAGUUCCUGAACUUGCUAAAGGGUGCACCUGGUGGCAUGGUUGACUUGAAUAAUGCUGCAGAAACACUAGAGGUACAAAAAAGGCGUAUAUAUGACAUUACUAAUGUCCUCGAAGGGAUAGGAUUGAUAGAAAAGAAGCUUAAGAACAAUAUCCGUUGGAAAGGAAUCGAUGACUCUCGACCAGGAGAAGUUAGCGAUGAUAUGUCCAUUUUACAGGGAGAUAUUGAAGCCCUCACCCUGCAGGAACACAGCGUGGAUGAACAAAUAAGUGAAAUGCGAGACAAGUUAAGGGAGCUCACUGAAGACGAAAACAACCAAAAGUGGCUAUAUGUUACAGAAGAUGAUAUCAAGUCCUUGUCAUGCUUUCAGAAUCAGACACUAAUUGCAAUAAAAGCACCUCAUGGUACAACUCUUGAAGUCCCUGAUCCUGAUGAGGUGAAUGAUUAUCCUCAAAGGAGAUACAGGAUUGUUCUGAGGAGCACUAUGGGUCCAAUAGAUGUCUACCUAGUUAGUCAAUUUGAGGAGAUGAGUGGCAUGGAGACUCCUCCAAGGCCAGCACAAACAAUUAGCACGAAUUCUCUUGAGAAUCCUAGGACGCCACUCGCUGCAGGAUCUAACAAAGACGCAGAGAUGCAACUGAAUAUUCAAGACGAACCGAUAAUACCUCCUGACGCUCCUACUAGUUCACAGGAUAUUGGAGGGAUGAUGAAGAUUGUCCCUUCUGAUCUUGAUGCUGAUGCAGACUACUGGCUCUUAUCAGACACAGGGGUUAGCAUCACCGACAUGUGGAAGACAGCACCAGAGGUGGAGUGGGACGGAAUGGAUAUCAAUGCCGAUGAUUUCCUGGAAGUUAGCACGCCCCAGCAGCAGGGUCAGCUGCCUUCUGACAUCGCGGAUCUCCCUUCCUGCAUAAGCUGAAGAAAGACGUGAAGCAUGGUGCCAAGUACCAUUCAUACAUACCUGGGAAGAAUUCUCUGUUUUCUUGCCGAGGGCCAUCAUUCGUCGAUCAAAUCCGAACAGAGACCUGAGAGCAGAGAGGUUCCAGUGGGUGGCUGUGGUGUACAUACAGAUGGCAACCUAGUGCCAUUCCAGUACCUCCCUGGAUCAAGCCUCCAUGGCAAUGGCCAAUAACCUGGACAUUCUCAGGUCUGUACUGACAAGAUGUUUGGAACAACAAAGCGAGCUGCACCUCCUGUACCUUGUAUGCUGCAUGUUGUAGCUCACAGACAGUAGGACUGGAGUAGAAACAUGUACAGUGCAGCGAGCUGUGUGAGUUUAUUAAUCAUUUCAAGUAGGGCUAGGAACUAGACUAGAAUUAAGCUGAUGCAGUUGUAAACAAAAUCCGUUAGCGUUUGAUGAUAUCUAUCGUUGUUUUGCAAGUGUCUUCUUGGAGACUUGGAAUGGGCACAUGAUUUGGUUUGCUUGGUCUACAUAUUGA